AUGUCAGACUUCAAAACAACCUCCGAGGGGAUCCAGGAGAUCUAUCGCUUCAGCCUCGAAUCUUCCGCUCCAGCGGAGGCAACAAUCACUGAUGUGAGGCACCUGGCGUCUUAUAACUGGAUCGAAGCAUCCACACCCACCAUUGCUGUCCCGGGCAGUCCAGCUCUGUGGUCCGCCCCACCAGGAUCCCGUCAAGUGAGGAAAGAUAGCGGCCUUGUUUAUAUUUCUCAGAAUGCCGCUCGUCAUCCUGAUAGCCCCUUAGAACCAUUAUUUCGCUCUCUUUACAUUGAGCAACCCUCGUUUGACAUAAACUCAAUCGACAUUGUGACCGAUCGAAACAACAUUCGUAAACUUCUGUCGUUUAUCAAGCCGAAUUUGAGCAAAAACGGUCUCGAUGCAUUCACCAUCCAGGUGGAUAUGACCGCUCGGACUGCGAUCUUUUCCCGUAACGAGACCGCCACCUAUGAAGUCAUUGGGCCGGGCGAAUUUCGGGGCUUUGGACAUGAAUUCGAAAAAGCAUAUACGAUCACUCAGGUCAAAGACAGCACUGGGCACCAUCGCAUAAUCUCAUACCGACUGGGUGGUCUGAGUUUCCUUGUGCGCCAUGAGACAGACGGGUUUGUUGGAGAUUUGAAAUCCAGUGUAAAGGAUGACGAAUCAACAGGGGACAAUCUUGCCAAUAUCCUGAAUUCCUUGUCCCUCACGCCGGAAACACCUUCUAUAGACGAGCCCUCUAUCAAAUCCAAUUUGACAAUCAAGAGAGAAGGUCGGAUAGCAUCACGGGAAUCGACCCUUGAGAUCAAAACUCGAGUUUUCCACAAACCUCUGGAGCUAACAGAGGUUGCGGCUCAACUCUGGAUUUCUCAAACACCCAACCUUGUCCGGGCUUAUCAUCAACGUGGAAUAUUCUCGACGCCGAAAGUGGAAGAUGUCAGUGGCGCGAUGAAAGACUGGGAAAAGACCCACUAG